AUGCGUUUCUUCACCACCACCGUCGCCAUCAUGGCUGGUCUCAGCGCCACUGGAUCCGCCUUUGUCAUUGAUACCUUCAGUGACGAUAAUUGCGAAAACUCCGUCCAGAAAGGUGUCAAUAUCUAUGACAAUACUUGUGCGACUGGGCCUAAAGGCUUCAAGUCUUACAAGAUCACGACCUGGGGGGGCAAACAUCAGAAGGGGUACUUCUUCACGACAGGUGGCUGUGGAAGCCUUCCUACGGCUUUAGGCAGCGGCUACGUGGAUUCCUCAACGCACGACUACAAGAUUGGAGAAUGCAAGUCUCAUGGUGAUAACAGUGUGAAUGCUGUUGCUUCGUACUCUAGUUGA